AUGUCGUUCCGUGGAGGAGGACGUGGAGGCGGAGACCGUGGUGGACGCGGCGGCUUCUCUUCUCGAGGCGGACGUGGUGGCUUUGGCGGUGGCGGACGUGGCGGCUACGCUAACGCUGGCCCUCCCGAGACAGUGCAGCCCAUGGGAAGCUUUAUGCAUGCUGUUGAGGGCGAGAUGCUCUGCCAGUCAACCGAUGCCAAGCACGUCCCAUACUUUAACGCCCCCAUCUACCUGGAAAACAAAUCGCAGAUUGGAAAAGUGGACGAAAUCCUCGGCCCGAUCAACGAAGUGUUCUUCACAGUGAAGAUGGAUCCGGGCAUGGUUGCGACAUCCUUCAAGGCCGACGACAAGGUGUACAUUUCCGGCGACAAGCUGUUGCCGAUCGAGCGGUUCCUGCCCAAACCAAAGUCGUUGACAAAAGCACCAAAGAAGAAGGGAGGAGCACGAGGUGGUGCUGCUGGUGGAAGGGGUGGAUUUGGCGGCGGACGUGGUGCACCAAGAGGUCGUGGUGGGUUCGGUGGUGGACGCGGUGGCGCAAGGGGCGGCGGAUUCGGCGCUCCACGCGGCGGUGGACGAGGCGCAUUCGGCGGUGGACGAGGCGGUGCAUUCAGCGGUGGACGCGGUGGAGCCGCAGGUGCAAGGGGUGGUUUCGGUGGUCGUGGUCGCGGUCGUGGAGGCUACUGA